CCUUAUGGUUGCUUAUCUAUAUCCCCGAUUCCGUACAUGUCUUAAUUUAGAAGUCCCGAUGUCUACUUUUCAAAGUGUAAGAUGUCGAGGUGCAUAGUGUGUGACGUAUGAAAACGGAGAAUUAUUAAACAAGACAUAAAAAUUUAUAAAUCAAUCAGUGUUUCGGUAAGGGAUGAACUCGAGAGGGAGGGUUUGUUGGUUAACGAAGAUACCUAAAGAAAAAAUGGAUUUAAAUGAAUUAACGUACACGGACCCGUCUAGACGUUUUCGUAUCAGUAUGUACUUUUCCGUGAACCGUAACAACGUAAAAUUCUGAUUGAUUUCUACAUUAGAGACAAAAGCCCUGUCCGUGAUGUCUUGCUACUGACAACAAUUGUUUUCCCGUACACACGAACUGUAACCUACGAAUGAGUGAUACGAUCAAAAUGUUCACAAAACAGCCAGUCGGUACCACCAUCAAUUUUCAAAUGAGUAAACUGCGGUGAUAAUCGUUAUACUAACGUUCAGUUAUUCCAUGAGAGUUCAAUUAGGGGAGAUCCUAUGACAUUUCUCGAAGCUGAUUAAUUGUAGUGAAGGUGCCAUGAAGUAAAAUCAAAGGAUGAUGAUGGGCGAUCAGUUUCGUAGCAAAGUGGAGCAAUAUUCACCGAAGUCAUCGCCCAGGGGUGCGCGUUCCCCUGUUGUUUCGCGUCAAGAUUCGACAGGGACACUCAAAACAACCAUAUCCCUGGGAAAGAAUCCUUCGAUUGUCCAUAGCGGUCCUUUUUACUUGAUGAAGGAGCCCCCUGGAGAAAGUGACCUUACAGGGGCAAGAAAUUUAAUGAACUAUUAUGGUUUAGAACAUUCUUAUAGUAAAUUUAGUGGAAAGAAACUCAAAGAACAACUUUCAUCUUUUUUACCAACAUUACCUGGAAUAAUAGACAGACCUGGUCAUUUAGAUAAUAGUUCACUGAGAUCUGUCAUUGAAAAGCCUCCAAUUGGAGGGAAAGAAUUAUUACCAUUGACUAGUGUCCAAUUGGCUGGUUUUCGCUUGCAUCCUGGACCUUUACCAGAACAGUAUCGUUAUGUCAAUCAAGCGCCACAAAGGAAGCACAAGAACAAACAUAAAAAGCAUAAACACAAGCCAGGAGAAGUACCCAGCGGUCAAGAGGCGACGACAACAGAUAUUGGUGGUUCAGAUACUCAUGAAAAGAAGCAUAAGAAACAGAAAAGGCACGACGAAGAGAAAGAAGCCAGAAAGAAACGUAAGAAAGAGAAGAAGAGAAAAAAACAGAAACACAGCCCUGAGCAUACUGGAGGAUUAACACCGUCUCAACAUUCCAAUUCGUGAUCUUUAAUUCUACCUUUUCUGUUUGUAUCAAAUUUUCGUCCUGACGUUGAUCUGUGUGGACGCAAUUGACUUCUUCCCCGUUAGCUGAAAAUAUACAUGUACAGACAACCAUCGCAGCUGGAACAUCCUGCUACGAUAAUUACGUUGGAUCCUAAGUUACAGCAGCUUCGACUCAUUCGUUCUAUUCGUUCCUGACAUUCACAUUUUUUUGUUUUUUUAUCGUGUCUUUUCAAUCGAUGCCUGAUCUUCGACAGAAACAGGGUGUACAUUUUUAUUUUCUCUACGUUUCUAACUAUAAUAUCCUUUUCUUACAGCAAUUGUACACUAUCAAUAUGUAAUAUAGAAUCGACUGUGUAAAAUCUAUUUGUAUCUCACGCGUACACGUACCCGUACGCGUACGCGUGUUGCAAUUUACUACUUAACCCAUCAAGACCAUUACUUCUCCACGAGACGAAACACAGAUUUUGUUUAUCUUUGAUUUAUAAACUUCGUAAGCGAAAUGUAAAGAAAAAUCGAGCAUCUUGAUGAGUUAAUAGGAUAUCGAUUUGAAUCGUUAGUAUAAACAAGGAGUAUUACCCUUCGUGUAAAUAUAUAUGUCGAAAAG